UUGUCUGCUGUCACUGUGUUUAUGACAAAUGUCUGAUAUUAUCUUACGAUGAGUUCGACAUUAAAUUCUCAAAUUAUUGACACAAACGAACAAAUGACAGGAAGAGGAGUGUCUAAUGAUCUGUUCCACGACCAGAGGCCAACAGAGCCGGGAUUAGACAAUAUUAAUGUUGUUAUCAGAGUGCGGCCGGUAUCGAAAAAAGUGGUGCAGACGCCAAACAGUGACCGUAAAGAUCAGAUCCUCAACUAUCCCGAUGCCGGACAAAUACAAGUUAGCGAUCCGAUGUCAGGAAUGUCCCGAUCCUUCACAUACAAUGUGGUCUUCGAACCGGAAGCCUCUCAAGAAGAAGUGUUCGAACACUCGGGAGUGAAACGACUCAUUGAUAUGUCUCUCGAUGGGUUCGCCUGUACUGUAUUGGCUUACGGCCAGACCAGCUCUGGCAAGACUUAUACCUUAACAGGCAAUGCAUUUGAGCGAAUUUCUACGUCCGAGAACACAAUCGCUGGCAAAGGAAGUCCUAAUGAUGGCAGAGGAGAGUGGAGAGGAGCAGCACAGGCAGGACAGGGAGGACAGGCAGAGAAGAAAAUGAUUGGUGUCAUGCAAUUAGCGUUUGCAUAUCUUUUUGAACAAAUCAAACUCAGAAAAAACAGAAGUCUUCUCUACAUUAUUCAUGUCUCUUACCUUGAAGUCUAUAACGAACAGGUUCUCGAUCUUCUCAAUCCAUCGCCAAAGAGUCUGAACGUUCGGUGGGCUAAAGAACGCGGCUUUUAUGCCGAAAAUCUAUUUAAGGUCGAGUGCGAAGACAUUGGAGAUCUCGAAGGCGUCCUCGAAGAAGAAACCCAGGACCCCGAGGAUCCACAGGCAACUGUAUUUCCUCUCUGGCCGACCCUAAGCGGAGAAGCGGUCACAUUCCCUAUCGAGACUCCACUCUCACUAAACUACUCGCAGACAGUCUGUCAGGCAGUGGUAUGACUCUAAUGGUAAUCCCUUCUAU